CAGGAGCUGUGACGUCAGGUGCCGGCAAAGGUGGUCCACGACCGCAGGCCUUAGCUGCUCUCAAACAGAUUCAGCGUUGGCCGGUCGCUCUCCCGCGCCGCUUGCAGUGCGGGCCCAGGAAAGCACCGUCGGCCUCCCCACGCGUUACGUCGCCCUCAUUUCCGCAUCGCUGAUUUCCGGUUACCGCCAUCUUCCUCGCGCGGAAGCCGGCUUCUAGGUGGGAGAGCUCCGUAGUGAGUGCAGUGGGUAGUUCGGUCGGUGCCAUGCCGUCAUCGCCGCUGCGGGUGGCGGUGGUGUGCUCGAGUAACCAGAAUCGGAGCAUGGAAGCACACAACAUCCUCAGCAAACGUGGUUUCAGUGUCCGCUCCUUUGGAACAGGAACUCAUGUGAAGCUCCCAGGACCAGCACCUGACAAGCCCAAUGUUUAUGACUUCAAAACCACAUAUGACCAGAUGUACAAUGAUCUCCUCAGGAAAGACAAAGAACUCUAUACACAAAAUGGAAUUCUACAUAUGUUGGACAGAAAUAAAAGGAUCAAGCCCCGUCCAGAAAGAUUCCAGAACUGCAAAGACCUGUUUGACCUGAUCCUCACUUGUGAAGAGAGAGUCUAUGACCAGGUUGUAGAAGAUCUGAACUCCAGGGAACAGGAGACCUGCCAGCCAGUGCAUGUGGUCAAUGUGGACAUCCAGGACAACCAUGAAGAGGCCACCCUGGGAGCAUUCCUUAUCUGCGAGCUCUGCCAGUGUAUCCAGCACACCGAGGAUAUGGAGAAUGAAAUCGAUGAGCUGCUGCAGGAGUUUGAGGAGAAGAGUGGCCGGGCCUUUCUGCAUACUGUCUGCUUCUACUGAGCCAUCCCGCUUGGUGCAUGGCCUGGCACCACCAAGCCACCUUUGCUGAAGUCACUUUUUCCAUGUGUUUUCCCUGCUACGUGUACAUCACCAAUGUACUGUACAUAUAGAGUGAGACAUACACAGAAAUGCCAGAUUCAAAACCAUUGUUUUUAACCAAAAGAAAUAAAGAUGGUUUACUCUACACCCUA